AUGUCCGAUCAAGAACGCCUGAUGAACUCGAUGAAGAAGGUAGUGAGGUCUCUGCUGACACCCGUCAAGGAAGGCCUCACCCCUAUUGAGUUAAACAAAGAAUACAAGUCGAUGAUAGGAGAGCCACUUCCGUUUCGUGCCCUGGGUUACCGUUCUGUCAUGGAGCUGGUGAUGGAUAUGCCAGAUGUUGUUAGCAUCUGCCCUAGUGGAAAUGGCAAUACUGUCCUCAGAGCUAUUCCAGAUGAGUCCACUGAGUUGAUUGCAAGCUUGGUUGCCAGACAGAAAAGCAAAUCAAAACCAUAUUUUUCCAGGGGAAAGCCAAAUUUCUCUUUUCAAGCCAGAUCUUGUUCUGGUCUGCCUCAGCCCCCCCGAAUUUCUCUGCCCCGGCGGGGUCGGGUUCCUCCUACUCUGCCAGCUGUGGUAAAAAGUGAACUGAAGGAGCUGCUGAGAUCUUCACCUGUCCUGCUUUCAGAUUUUGACAAAGCCUUUAGUCGGCACUUUGGACGGAAGUUUGAAUUUAUGCGUUUUGGCUUCUUCUCUAUGUUAGAAGUGCUGAAUGCAGCUUCAGAUAUCAUCACAGUUGUACAGACAAGGGCAGGCUCCUUGUUGACGCUAAAGCCCUCAAGCAAGAAAAAUCCAGAAAAGUUGCCAGAGUGGAAACCCGUGAUUCCAUCACAUAAGACAAAGCAGACUUUGCCUACUACUCUGCCAGCACCUGCAGUGAAGAAAUCUUCAACCCCUGCCCUACCUAUGGAUAAUCAAAAUCCAUCUCCAAGCCAAGAAUAUGAUGCUUUAGUAGUAGAGUUGAAACCGGUGGAAACCCCAUUAGUGAGAACUGAUGACAGGAUGAAACAACUAGAGAAGGAGAUGCAGAUAGCACUUUCCCAGAAAGGACCUGGAGGGACAAUCAGCUCAGAACUUAAGGAAAAAAUAAAAACUAUUGUAGUGCAGCAUCCCGAAGGAUUGCUUAUUUCUAAGUUACCUGGUGAAUUUGAGCUACAUUUUAAAGAAAUACUGGCAGUAAAGAAACUAGGUUUCUUAAACCUGAUGGAACUGGUUGGUGCCCUUAGUGAUGUUCUCCAUAUUGAAUGCAAAGAAGGGGAACAAGACUGGCGCAUCUUUGACAUUGAGUCACAGCGCUUAAGAGAUGAUGAGCAUGCAAGUGAUAAGAUUGCCCAGCGUGACUCUUUAGCACAUGAAGAGAUGCCGGAUGUGCAUGAGCCGCUCAGCUGGAAUUUUCCUCUGGAGGAGUCUAAGGCUCCAGAUGUGAAACUUAGUGUAGUAACGAAGAUGACGACACCGCACCUGCGUAUGGAGGAUACUCACAUUAUUCAAGAGAUCAUGGAAAAUGAAAUCCCACCAGAUGCUGUCCAGGACAGAAGCCUUUAUAGCCUUCCCCAGCUGGACACCAGUGCUUUAGUGGGACUAUUUGUGGAACGCAUUGUCUCUCCUUCACAGUUCUAUGUCCGACUCUACAGUGCAGAAACUUCUGAGAAGUUAGAAGACAUGAUGAUGGAGAUGAGACGAUGCUAUUCUAGUAAACAUGUAGCUGACCGAUACAUCAUGCCCGAAGCCUCAAUCAAUUCUGGUCAGCUUUGUUGUAUAAGAAAUUCGGAAGACAAAUGGUGGUACAGAGUUAUCAUUCAUCGAGUGCUCAAUGACCAGGAAGUGGAAGUGUUUUACCCGGACUUUGGAAAUACGGGGACUGCCCAGAAAUCCUCACUGAGGUUUCUGAAGUCUUGUUAUGCAAGGCUUCCUGCUCAAGCAAUUCCUUGUUCCUUAGCUUGGGUGAGACCUACAGAGAACAAUUGGACCGCCAGUGACAUACUUGAAUUCCAAAGGUUGUGUGGUCUGAAGCUGCUUGUGGGAGUUGUAGAUGAAUACAUAGAUGGAAUCCUUUACCUCUUCCUCUGUGACACCAGCUCUGACGAAGAUAUCUACUUGCACAAUGCACUGAGAUUAAAGGGCCAUGCAUUAAUCUGCAGAGAAAACUUUCCUUUCAAGAAUUUCAGAGAGCCAUGGUUUUCCACAUUGUAUCUGAAACCCGGUCCAGAGCAGCAGUCUGGUUCGACGAAAGCAGAAACGCCCUUGCUUAAGCAGGAACCUCUUUGUGACCUUCCAGAAGUACCAGAUUCAGGGUCUUGCUAUAAUAAAGUGCUUUCCCAGGGUACAGCAGACUCACGCUCAGACCCUGAGAUGCCACUCCUCGAGCCAGUAUGUAUGUGCAACGAGAUCUGGGAUGAGAACUGGACGCCUCCCAAGCAUUAUGAAGAAGAGGAAAAUGGCGAUACUUUGUCCCCUGACAAUGCAGUGUUUCCCCGCCAUUCUUCGAGUGAUGAAGGGAAUGAGGAGGAGACUCAGCACAGCCAGGAAUUGACACAACAGAAUGUGGAUAUUUCCAUUCCCGUUGAGAGAACAAACUAUCCGAGUCUGGAACCCCUGAACAGAAAAGUGGAGUCAUCUGGAAGAAUGGAGGCAAGAAACACUCUUGGAGCUACAACUGAUUCUUUGUCACAAACGCUGCAAGAGUUUUACAUCUCCAUUGUCCAUCCCAAGCAAUCAGCAGAGGAGAACAAAUUAGAUUUGGAUCUGAACAAAUUAUCUGGCUACGGUUCCCAACCACUUCCAUCACCAUCUGCCAUACACGGAAAUGUUCCUUCGGAGAGGAAGUUGGAUGACGCCUCCAGGACCCAAGUAAUAACCCUGUAUACCGCUAACAGCUGGCCUAACCAAGGGGGCACAGGUCACAAUGCCUUGGUGUUCACUGCCAAACUUCAGGGUUCCCCGGCAUCCUGUGUCGCUUGCAGCCCUAGUGUAGCCCUUGGAGCCUCAGCACGCUUAGCUACAUCUGGUGGCUUUUUCUCCUUUCACCUUAAGAAGAUGAUGAUAUGA